UCUCUCUCUCUCUCUCUCUCUCUCUCUCACACACACACACACACACAGAUAAAAUUUUCACAGCUGAGCCAAGUUAUUGUAUUUUAGUGCGAACGCGCAUGCAUGCAUUAGCAGUACAUGUGUGCAUUGCUUCCACCGGCUGUGCUAAGAUCAGUCGUAGUGCUGUAGAUGGGCGUGAUCAACUCUGAAAAUGUUUAACAUUCUUAUCAUUCAGCUGCCUGCAAAAGGCGGAGAGACACAGAGGGAGAGCAGCAGGGAGAGGGAAGGGACAUGUUCAGACCCAGGCCAAAUAAUAAGGAAUUACACAAACACACACACACACAUACACAGUCACUCCUUCGCAUUCACGGCGCAUUACUCACUGCAGACCAAUGCUUCAUCCAGCACAUAUAUUACUCACCACACACAAUGUCAUCCUGAGGGAGGUGCUUGGAAGACAACAGCCUGGAAACAUCUGACACUGUUUUUGUGGUUGUGUGUGUUUCCAGGUCCCCUCUCAGUGACGAGCUGAGGGCAGGGUGUUUGUCUUGAGAGGGAGGCAGAGUUACCGUGGUAACAGACAUGCCAAAACCGGACCUGCUCUGCCUAGUUCAGCUUCUGGACGGCACUAUCGAGACCUUCAGAGUCAGUAAGCAGGAUGAAGGUGUGGUUCUGUUGGACCAAGUAUGCGACCACCUGGGCCUGCGGGAGAGGCAGCUCUUCAGUCUGCAGAUCAGAGAAUCCAGCACAGCCAUCGCCUCUAUCACAGCCAACACACACUCUCCCAGAUGGUUGGAGCCUGAGAAACCCUUGAAGAAGCAGAUAAAAGGUCUUGCUUCUCCCUUUUAUCUGAACUUCAGAGUGCGAUUCUUCAUCUCUGAUCCCAACUCUCUGCAGCAUGAACAGACAAGGCACUUGUACUUCCUCCAGAUCAGAAGUGACAUUAGAGAAGGACGGUUGCAGUGCCCGCUGAGUGCAGCUGUAGUACUGGCUUCUUACGCUGUGCAGUCGGAGAUGGGGGAUCACUAUCCGUCCCGACUCCCUGGUUACAUCUCGAAGUGGCACUUCAUUCCUGAGCAGGACGAAGACUUCCUGUCUAAAGUGGAGGACCUGCAUCCACAGCACAAGGGGCUGAAACAGAGCGAGGCAGAGCUGUGUUUCCUGAACACAGCACGGACGCUGGAGUUGUAUGGAGUGGAGCUGCAUGCUGCCAUGGACACCAACAACGCCCCUCUGAUGGUGGGUUUGGCCUCCAGUGGUGUUGCAAUAUUCUGCAAUAUGAUUUGCUCCAGUUUCUUCCCCUGGGGGAACAUCAUCAAGAUAUCAUUCAAGAGGAAACGCUUUCUUAUACAUCUGAAACGUAAACAUGGGGAGACGCAGGACUGUGAGCUGUCUCUUCUUCUGCCCUGCCCCAAGACCUGUAAGAACCUGUGGAGGUCCUGUGUGGAUCAUCACUCCUUCUACUGCUCCAGUCGGACUACCAGGAGCCCCAAACACAACAACAGCACAGUUCAGUCCUAUAGAAAGCUGAUAACACAGCACCUGGGCCUUGGCAACAGUAAAACUGAGAGUGGUCCAGUGUGCCAGCGUGUGGUGGGAGGGAUGGUGUGGAACCCAGUCCUGCGGAGGUCAAUUUCAUCAGAGCAUCUCGAGACCAAGAGUCUGCCCUCAAGAUCCCCCCCAACCACCCCCAACUGGCGAAGUCCUCGAGUUCGCCACGGCAUCCGUAAGCCUCGCCCAUCCUCAGCUGAAUUGACCAACGACCUGAAAGACAUGUCUGAGGGAGAGGAUGUCUUCUACACAUACAGGGCUUCUGUGAGCAGCAGCAAGGACAGUGAGGGAGACGCUUCGCCGCAUCACAUCUCUGGCACUUACAACCAUGUGACAGACGAGGCUCUGUUGCAAACUGAUGACAGCAUCGGAGAGGAGGAUGGUGACCACAGCCCACAACGCUACAAUAAGGGUGCCCUCGGAGACGGCGACUUGAUGCUAAUUUGUAUUGCCCCCGAUCACGAGGGCAAGUUUGGCUUCAAUGUUAAAGGUGGGGUGGAUCAGAAGAUGCCUCUAGCCAUAUCCCACGUUAAACCUGACUCUCCGGCAGGUCGAUGUGAGCCCAAACUCCUGGAGGGAGACCUGGUGGUGCUCAUCAAUGGUCGAGACAUUUCUGAACACACACAUGACCAGGUCGUCAUGUUUAUACGAGCCAGCAGAGAGUCGCACUCCAGAGAGCUGGCCUUGCUUAUCAGGCGUAAAGCCUUGAGCCGUCCUUGUAUUCCAGGUCCUGGCCGCGCGGUACCCCAGCUGCAGUUGCCUCCCACCCUCAUGCUCACUGGCCAAUCGCAGGGAGACAAGCUGCAGUCAUCUGGCCAGUCGGAGCGGGUCACGACACUGGAGGAGUCAAUGAGACAGCUGGAGAGAGGAAUACAGUCUGGCACACUCUGUUUCCAUUUUGAGAAUUUAUACAGGAGGAAGCCGGGUCUGUUUCUAACCUGCGCUCGCCUUCCCGAGAACAUGGACAAGAAUCGUUAUAAGGACGUUUUACCUUAUGAUUCGACCAGAGUGGUGCUCCAGGGCCGGGAGGACUACAUCAACGCCAGCCACAUCACGGUGGCGCCCCCAGUGUCUGGUGUAUGUUUACGUUAUAUUGCGGCUCAGGGUCCGUUGCCACAGACCUGCACUCACUUUUGGCAGACUGUUUGGGACCAACAGAUACACACCGUCAUCAUGCUAACAACUCUGACAGAGAGGGGACGGACAAAGUGCCACCAGUACUGGCCGCAUCCGCCGGAAGUGAAGGAUUACGGGCACAUGCGGGUGAAGUGUCACUCGGAGGAGUGUAACCUGGCGUACGUGACGCGACAGUUCACCCUGACACACACAAAGCGAGGUGAGCAACGUGCAGUCACACACCUUCAGUAUGUUGCGUGGCCGGACCACGGCGUACCCGAUGACCCCUCAGACUUCCUGCAGUUCAUCAGCUCAGUCAGGGAGAGAAGGAGAGGUGAAGAGCCACUAAUGGUACACUGCAGCGCUGGGAUUGGACGGACAGGUGUUCUGAUCACCAUGGAAACGGCGCUGACUCUGUUGGAUGCGGGUCGGCCGCUAUUUCCACUGGACAUUGUCAAAACACUGCGAGAUCAGCGAGCCAUGAUGGUUCAGACCACGUGUCAGUUCCAGUUUGCAUGUGAGGCCAUUCUGCGAAUCUACAAAGAAAAAAAGGGUGGAUCCACUGCACCGUAGACCAAAUCAGCAACAGGACCGGAAGAGACACACUAAACGUUUCAGCCUCGUCUCAUUGCAAGCGACUUCCACAGUGGGACUUGCAGCAUUGUAACGGAUUAACCUCUGUCAACAACUGGUACACAGUGUAUAAUGAGAGUAUAACUAGCUUCAGAGCACAGCUGUCUGUGAUCUGUGUAGCCUAGAUUCAAUGUGAGAGAAUGAAUCAUACACCUAGUCGGCCUUAGUUUCAAUAGCGCAUUAAGCUUGUAGAGGCUGCGGUCUCCAUAGAGACUGAUGUAAGACUGAUAUGAGCUGCUAAUUUCUGUCCAAGAGGCCACUCAGGAAUGUUGCCUCUACUUGUUAAGCUAUGUGUGCCUUAGACUGAUUGACGCCUGCCAGUCAUUGAAUCGAACAGGGCGGGCCGAGGCAGAGUGGGAUCGAUAUAAUCUGUAGUUUAUCUGUGUUUCCAAAGACCAUGAGCAAGGCAGGCUUUAGAUCACUACAGCAGAUAGUGUAGUGUGUCACGGUGGCCCGCCGGAGGAGCAUCUCACCCAUUGUUCAACACUCGUAAAUUAUUAAGACGCAAAAUAAACACUCUGAUUUAUACGGGUGUGUCUGCUUUUUCAUUUGAUCAUUAAGUGAGGAUAUGUCACUUCUGUUGAGACUGGUUAAAAGCUCAGUGGUGUCUUAUAGCAAAAGCCAUUUUCACUCUUCCCUGCAGGGUGAAGCUACUCUCUGAAGAAGUAGACAAGUAGUCUGCUUGUUUAACCUUCAGCUGAGUGCCUCUAAAGCUGGCAUCGUAUCAGUGAAACUAUCUCGCCAUCAUAAAUCAGCCAAGAACUGUCUAGUAAUGAGAAAAUAUUGGACUUACAGAAACACAAUAUAACAAAAUGUGAUACCACUGUGAGGAUUUUAGUAUCUCUGCAGGUUUAUGUUGAUAUUAUUUUAGGAUGUCGCACAAUUCAUACUAAUGCCGCUAGGCUAUAAGAGGAUGAUGCAGAAUCUCAUCAUUUCACUCAAAUGAUAUCAAGCAGAACCAAGAGACCGAUGCAAACCCCCCCCCACAUUUAUCUAUCCAAGAGACGCACAUCUGACGGUUUGUGUGGAUCUGUAGCGACCACUGAGGGCGUUUAGGUCAUAUUCUCAGCCUCCAGGUAAAGAUUUGGACCCCAAACAGCAAUAAUGAUCAGAAGGGAAAUGACUCUCAGGAGCCAGAAGAUGCCUGGAGAGCCUUCGUUUCAGGAUUGUGUGGUAGAGUUGAUGCUGUAGAAUGUCAUAAUAAGACAUUGAACAAGAAUAAAAUUGGAUAUUUCCUCCGGUAGGACAUGUAUAAUUCAUCUGUAAAUGUAUAAAAAAGGGAUGAAGUGGACUCAUGUGAGAGUUAUGCUUUUUUACUUUGUCUCAUAGCUGAAUAGUAUAUUUUUGUCUUUAUUUCUAAGAAAGCCCCUGCUUCUGAUGAACCCGUUUGUUUCUGUGUUUUGUUUUAUGUUGUAUUUUCUCUGUUUUACAGCACUGACUUUCAGAAUAAAACUUCCACAUUGUG